AUGAAGGGGCACAGAGAGCUGGCUCCAUUCGAAACGAUCGGCUCCUACGACAAGAACAACGUGUUUGCAAUUGCCCGCCACUUCGAGCGCAUACGAGAAGAGGUCGAUAAAGCGGAAGUUGAGGCCAUCAAGACGCUGGACAACUCGGCGUCAUGCAUUGAAACCCGAACUGAACACGUCUCGACAGCUUGGAGAAUCAGACAUCAGCUCAUCAAAAUCAGCUUGGAGGUGCUUGUUUGGAAUUGCAAAGGAUCGGAAUUGGACACCAAGAACGAGGAUUGGUUGGCGUUGACCGAGGGAGCGAAGGCCGAACGUGUUCAAGCUCCCGAUGAUGGACUCCUGUCGACGCUAAUCCCAUACACCAUCUCAAAAGAUAAUCGGCUUCUCCUCGGCCACUUCAUCGAUGCGUAUGGUGCUACUUGGACUGGGAAGACGACGAUGACAUGUGCUCGACUCGCCGUGUGUUUUCAUCAACUGCUACGCCAUUACAUAUGGCAUCCCGGAGACAAACAUCGGAUACAAACUGGUGAAACGCAACGGCUGGGACGAAUUACGGGGGGACUGGGACGUGAAGAAGAGGGUAAACGCUUCCCGAUCCGCACAGUCCUGAAACGAGAUCGAUGCGGGCUUGGCACGGGCAGAGACAAACCACGCGUUAUACUUUUUCGACCUCACGAUAUCCGGGCAGUGGCCAACGUCAAAGAACGAAAAGCCGAAAAAUUGAUGACACGCAUGGGCGACUACGGGUGUCGUGUCUGUAACGAGAGAUACGACGCUGAAGAUGAGAAGCGGAUACCGCGCGUUUUGACGGGCUGCGGACACACGAUCUGUCAGGGCUGUUCGGAGGCAAUUACGCAGCCCGGAAGCCGCUCCAUCACAUGUCCCUUUGAUCGGAUUCCCACGACGCUCCCCGAUGGCACAAUAAUGACGUUAAAGAAAAAUUUUGCGCUGAUCGAGCUGAUGGAGCGCGUGACUUACGAGGAACACCGAGCCGAUGCGCUUGUGUCCAGCGCCUUUGACGACUACGCCAAAGCCUACGCCAAUUAUGACACGGCCUUCGAACAACUGACUGGGUUCGCCUCGAAUUUUAUUUGUGACCGUAACCGGCUCAGCAACUUCAUUCGAGAUAGUGAUGCGAGCCUCAAGGCGGGCGAACACCCGGAUUUGACGGCGGAUGACCUGAUCGAAUGUGCCGAGAAGUUCUAUCAGAAGACUGUCGAAGUUGUCACGAAGGCUCGUGCUUAUCACGCACAAGAAGAGCUGUCGGACGCGUUGCUGAGGGACGAGUUCCACGAUGACGAAGGCUCGCAGGCGAAAAAUGACGGGUCGCUCUUGGAGGUGGACUAUCGGAGCGACGAGCGAAGUACGAGUGAGGAGAAGAUUGACGAAUCGUUCGACGAGCUUGUCAAGGAGGAGGAGCAAGGCGAGGAAAACGAAGACCUACGCAGCAGCUCCAGUGAGGAGGACAUCCCCGAGCCGGCUGACCGUGCCCCUGGACGUCCCCAUGUCCGUGAGGUCUGGACCUCUAAACCCGAUCGACGC